AUGAAACCUCCGAGCAUCCAUUUAUGGAAAAAGGGGAUACGUAUUCAGAUGUGAAAGGGAAGGUUGAAUAUUGUGAUACCCUGAGGAAGGAGGAGAGAAAACAUCCAUCUAAAAGAAAAAGUAAUUCUGGUCUUUUACAAGGUGGAAAUGCUCAUGAGAUUCCACUACUUGAAAGAAUUUACAUAGAAGGCAAUGGGAAUGAGGGCACAGCAAGUGGGGGAAAAUGUUCUGAAAAACCAGAUAUCAAUACGCAUUGGAAAACCAGUAACAGAAAGAAAAAAAAUAAAUGCCUGGAGUGUGGAAAAAUCUUCAGUCAGAGUGGAGCCCUUAAUUCCCAUCGAAGAAUUCACACAGGGGAGAAACCAUAUAUAUGCCUGAAGUGUGGGAAAAAAUUCAGACAGAGUGGAGCCCUUAAUUCCCAUCAAAGUAUUCACACUGGGGAGAAACCAUAUAAAUGCCUGGAGUGUGGAAAAAUCUUCAGUCAGAGGAGAGCCCUUAAUUCACAUAGAAGAAUUCAUUCAGGGGAGAAACCAUAUAAAUGCCUGGAGUGUGGAAAAAUCUUUAGACACAGUGGAAGCCUUGCUUCCCAUCGAAGAAUUCACACUGGGGAGAAACCUUAUAAAUGUCUGGAUUGUGGAAGGGGUUUCAAUCAGAGUGGAAAACUUAAUGCCCAUCAAAGAAUUCACACAGGGGUAAAACCUUAUAAAUGCCAGGACUGCGGAAAAAGCUUCAUUCUCAGUGAAAGCCUUAAUUCCCAUCGAAGAAUGCAUACAGGGGAAAAGCCUUAUAAAUGCCUGGACUGCGGGAAAAGCUUUAGUCGCAGUGGGGACCUUAAUUCCCAUCGAAGAAUGCACACAGGAGAAAAACCUUAUAAAUGCCUGGAGUGUGGAAAAAGCUUCAGUCAGAGUGGACACCUUAAUUCCCAUCAAAGAAUCCACACAGGGGAGAAACCAUAUAAUUGCUUGGAGUGUGGGAAAAGCUUCAGUUGGAGGGAAAGCCUUUAUUCCCAUCGAAGAAUUCACACAGGGGAAAAACCACAUAAAUGCCUGGAGUGUGGAAGAAGUUUCAGACAGAGUGGAAUCCUUAAUUACCAUCGAAGAAUUCACACAGGGGAGAAGCCAUACAAAUGCUUGGAGUGUGGAAAAUGCUUCAAUCAGAGUGGGCACCUUAAUUCCCAUCGAAGAAUUCACACAGGGGAGAAACCAUAUAAUUGCUUGGAGUGUGGGAAAGGCUUCAGUCAGAGGCAAAGCCUUUCUUCCCAUCACAGAAUUCAUACAGGGGAGAAACCAUAUAAAUGUCCAGGGUGUGGAAAAGGCUUCAGUUAUAAUAAAAGCCUUGCUGCCCAUCAAAGAAUUCACACAGGGGAGAAGCCAUACAAAUGCUUGGAGUGUGGAAAAUGCUUCAAUCAGAAUGGGCACCUUAUUUCCCAUAGAAGAAUUCACACAGGGGAGAAACCAUAUAACUGCUUGGAGUGUGGGAAAGGCUUCAGUCAGAGGCAAAGCCUUUCUUCCCAUCACAGAAUUCACACAGGGGAGAAACCAUAUAAAUGUCCAGGGUGUGGAAAAGGCUUCAGUGAUAAUAAAAGCCUUACCUCCCAUCAAAGAAUUCAUACAGGGGAGAAACCAUAUAAAUGCCCAGAGUGUGGAAAAAGUUUCAGUAAUAGAAGAAACCUUAAUGUCCAUCAAAGAAUUCACACUGGGGAGAAACCUUAUAAAUGUCCAGAGUGUGAAAAAUGCUUCAGUCAGAGGGGAAACCUUAAUUCCCAUCGAAGAAUUCACACAGGGGAAAAACCAUAUAAAUGCCCAGAGUGUGGGGAAAACUUUAGUCGACAUGGAAAUCUUACAGUACAUCAAAGAAUUCACACGGGAGAAACCAUAUAAAUGCCUGGAGCAUAGAAGAAGCUUCAGUUAUAGUAGAAGCCUUAAUCACCAUAAAAAUCACAUGGGAGGAAACCAUAUAAAUGCCUGGAGUGUGAGAAAAGCUUUGUUCGAAGCAUAACCCUUGCUAUCCAUGAAAUAAUUCACAUAGGAUAAAUGCCUGGAGUGUUGGAAAUGCUUUUGUCAGAAGGGAAAGCUUACUUUCCACCAAAGAAUUCAUAAAGUUAAAAACUGUAUAAAUGCCUGGAAUGUGGAAAAGCUUCAAUGAUACUGGAUGUAGCCCUCAAAGAAUUCACAUAAGAGAGAAACCUUAUAAAUGCAUAGGUAAAGGUAAAGGUAGUCCCCUGUGCACGCACCGAGUCAUUACUGACCCAUCAGGGGAUGUCGCAUCACAACGUUUUCUGGCAGAUAUUUUACGGAGUGGUUUGCCAUUGCCUUCCUCAGUCAUCUACACUUUACUCCCAAGAAACUGGGUACUAAUUUUACUGACCUCAGAAGGAUAGAAGGCUCAGUUAACCUUGAGCCAGCUACCUGAACCCUGCUUCUAGGUUCUGAUAUUUGUACAUCAGAAGAGCAAUCUAAUUAUCACUGGACAUAAUAAUGCCAGUUUUACCAUUUGGUUGUUCAUUGUCUGGUGGUACAUAUCCUGUUGAGUGUCAGCAAUGCCCUUCUGCUCUCUGCACUGGACAAACGGGGUCAGUCCCUACUCGAAAGAAUGAAUGGACAUGAAUUUGAUAUU